AUGAUGUUCCUAAUUUUAUUUGUUUAUUGUUGUCUACAGAGCUUGUUAAACUUUGUAAAGACAGAUUUGAUAACAAGUAUCACACAAUUAUAUAAUGCAAGCUGCUCUAAUAAAGGGCAGGACUUAACAUUACAGAUCAAAGCUAUGCUUCAAUCAGAAAAAAGGGACAAAAAACAGCCUAAAAGAAUGCUUGAGAGAAAAACAAAGAUAGAACGCUAUGACCCCAGCACUGAAGCAGAGGAGACAUUGGUACUCAAGCUUAAAAAUGAAAUUGUGCUUACCAACUGCCUAACUCAGAUUACAUGUAUUCAAGGCAUAGAUCCAGAACUAAAAAAUGGUGUUGUAAUGAUGGUAAACACCCCCUUAUCUGAUUUUAAAGAUGAAUGGACCAGACUUUCAACAUUCAAAGAUUACCCACAAAGUGAUAGACUAUCUACAGUUCUUCUGGCUCACUUUAGAUUUGUAUGUAUUGAUAGAGAUGGUACUAAGAAAGUUAAAUGCUGUGACUGCUCUUUCGAGCUAGGUGACUUUGAUGAUAAUCAAACUGCCGAAUGGCACUACAAGCGUUGUCACCCGAAUAGCCCCAGGGUAGCAAAUGUACCUGCCAACACCCAGCCUAGUGUGAAUCCUGUAGCUACUGCCAUGUUUCCCCCAACAGCACAUGAAAAUACAAGCAGAUCUGGAGCAAGUAUACAAGUAAACAACCUACAAGAGCAAACUGAAGAAAUUCAUGAUGAAGCUUUAAACAACCAACAAGAGCAGACUGAAGAAAUUCAUGAUGAAGCUUUAAACAACCAACAAGAACAGACUGAAGAAAUUCAUGAUGAAGCUUUAAACAUCUUACAAGAACAGAACGUGCAUACUGAUAAUGAAAAUAGAGCUGCUGUAAAUAACCCACCAUCUGCAGGGUCACCAAUCUCUAGUUCACAAACAUACCUUAGCCGUAUAGCUGUGAACAGAAACCUAGCAAAACAACUAUCACCAGAUUUAGGCAUUUAUAAUGAAAGGCCUAAACACACAGAAUAUGUUAGUCUGAAAAAACGAAUCCAGACCUUCAAAACUUGGCCAAAUUCUGGUAUAUCCCAUGUGGACCUUGCUAAAUCUGGCUUCUACUAUAAAGGAAUUAAGGACCAUCUAACCUGUUUUUUCUGCGGAAUGAUUUUGUCUGAAUGGAAGCAAGGUGAUGACCCUUUUGUAGAACAUGCUCGCUGGUAUCCACAAUGCCGUUACAUAAGGCAACAUAAAGGCCAGGCUUUUGUUGAUGCUGUAUGUCAAAUCCAUGAAACUAAGAAGAGUGAUAAGAGUGUGAUUACUCGCCAGGAUGUGGAGACUUUUAUGGGAAAAGGAAAAGAAAUUUGUUCCAGAUAUGAUGAACCAGAUAUAACUUCUGAUGUGGCCUUUCAAAUACUUGUGAGAGGGGGUUACCAACAAGACAAAGUUUACACAGCUGCACAGGAGGUGAAAGAUGCAGAAUUACAAUUAUCAACAUAUAGAGUACUUCAAAAACUCUUGGAAAAUAGAGGAAACAGUACAAGACAUCCAGCCAGACAUACAGUUAAUAGGAGGAUUGAAAAGCUGAAAACAGAAAAUGACAUUCUUCGCAAUAAGUGGCUAUGCAAGAUUUGUUUACAAAGACAACUAAAAAUAGUUUUCAUGCCAUGUGCUCAUCUGAUUAUGUGCCAAGAGUGUGCUGUAGAUUUUGAAAUGUGCCCUAGUUGUGGAAUGCCAAUUGAAAAAUAUCUGGAUGCUACUUUGUGAAAGAAAAAAAAAAAGACUGUUAUUUAUUUGUUCUCAUGAAUUGAGCAUUUUAAAAUGAUAUGCUUGUGACAUAGUCUGGUCAUUUUUUUUAUUUUAUGAAUAAAAAUUACAUUUAUAUC